AGUCGAACAAUAGAAAUGGACUAUUAUUACAAUAACAACCAAACAUGCAUUAUCUAGAAAUGCGUUCUCAACAUUUAAACGACAAACAUCUGGCAAUGGAAUAAUCCACUGCGAUAACCACCUCCGCAUCUUUCUACUUGUAUAACAAACAAGUGAUAGCAAGAUAACGGAUAUUGAAUUACAACAAAGAAGUUUCAAGCAGAUAACAGCAGCCGCAUUUCACUAGUAUAAAUAGCUGUAAGAUCUUAUAUUAAAACUAGUUCUUAAGAAUAUCAAUAAAGACACGCAUUUCGGCGUAGAAAUAAAAUUGUUUUCUUAAACUCAUAUCGUGGUAAUACCGUUUCCACUCGCGCAUAUAUAGCUGUGCUUAUUCUUGUAGGCGUAUGUCGCGGCAAAAAUGAAGAUGUUCAUGGUUUAUUUGAUUCAAAAUUUGGUCGCCCAAUUUUCCGAUCAAUUAUGUCUGAAAAUCAAUUCCACAAGAUUACUAGUGCGCUUCGUUUCUAUGAUCUUUUGAGUCGACAACAAACGCGUAGUAGCGAUAAAUUUGCUCCUAUUCGUGACUUGUGGGACCGUUGGCAACAACUUCUUCCAAUGUUCUACUACUGCCAUGAAAAUGUCACGGUUGAUGAGCAACUUGUUGCAUUCAGGGGGCGAUGUUCUUUUCGACAGUUUAUGCCAUCAAAACCAGCAAAAUAUGGUUUGAAGUUUUGGUUAUCCGUGGACUCAAAGUCCGGCAACGUAUGGAAAAUACAAACAUGCCUUGGUAAACCUAGAAAUGCUAAGCCCGAAAAGAACCAAGGAGAACGCUUUGCAUUGGACUUGACAGACGGUUUGAAAGGCCAAAAUAUAACAGCUGACAAUUUUUUUUCCACAUUUGAGUUGGUAAAAAAACUUCAUGAGAGAAAACUUACAUAUGUGGGAACGGUUCGCAAAAAUAAAACUUUCAUUCCUCCGAAAUUGCUGACUGUGAAGAGUCUUCCAUUGUACAAAACUACAUUUGCCUUCAAUGACAUUGCGACAUUAGUAUCAUACAUCAGUCACAAAAACAAAGCAACUAUAUUGAUUAGUACAAUGCACAAGAAAGAUAAAGUUGAUGAGAGUGGGCCGAAGAAAAAACCAGAGAUUGUUUCUAAUUACAAUUCAACAAAAGGUGGCGUUGAUACUGCUGAUCAAAUGAUUGGCUCCUAUACGACGAAACAAAUCGAUGGCCAAACAUUAUAUUUGCAAAUAUAUUAGAUAUAUUCGCUUUGAAUGCGUACAUAAUUUUUUCCGAAAUCGAUGUUUCGUGGGCUCCAGCUGAUCGGAAUCGGAGGAGACCAAAUUUUUUUGCGGCAACUUGCACUUUCUUUGGCURAGCCACAUAUGAUGAAAYGCACUAAAUUACCUCAACAACAAUUUUCAGCGCAGUUAUUGAGAGAAAUACGAACACCUUCCACAGCACAAGUGGCCUGCUCUAAAAAUGCUUCUAGUUCAGGAGAUCGAAAGCGAGGAAUUUGUAGUUGCUGCUAGUCUACGUCUGAUGUAAAAUGCUCCAUUUGUAGUGCGUUUAUUUGCAAAACCAACCGAAAAACAUUUUGCUUAUCAUGUAGUGCCAAAAAAUAUCGAACAAACUAAUAAAUACUUAUUUUUGGAAAAUUAAUGUAAAGAAAAUCAAAGAAAAUAUACU